GGUUGGUUGACUGACAUGUCAGUCUAGCCUCCACUUCCGGAUACCAAAGCGUUACAAAACACUGGCAUGUUUCAUUCACUAUAGCCUACUGUUUUUAACUAGAGGACAUCGUGUUCUGCUCCAUCGCGUUUUAAACAUGCAGCUCGCUGAGAUGCUGCAGGUGAUGAGGGGCGCAGGUAAAGUGGGGUCUGCCCUGGUGAACACGCAAGGGGAACAUCUUAGGCUGAUGGCAUGCAACUCAUCCCUCGGGGGUGUCGCCCAAGCAGCCCAGGAUAUGGUGGAGGGACUGGUGGGCACUGCAAUGGGAGGCAGCAAGGCUCAGUCUUUGAAAGAGGACGUGUUCCCCGACGCCGAGGGCUGGGAGAUGGAGCCGGAAGAGGCUGCCCAGUGGUCCGUUGGCUCAGAGUUCUCAGCCGGUGAAUCCAGGCAGAGCCAUGCUGGUCCUGAAGCCACAGCAGAGUCCACAACAGGUACGUUACCAGGAGUGCCUCCACGCCAGGGGAACAGUCAAGGAGGAGCGGGUUGGCCGGGGCAGACGGCCAGGUUCCUCCACACCUCAGCAGGCCUCCACCACCGCUACCAGGCCAGGUUCAUCCAUGACACCGUGGUGGCCAGGCUCACACCGGAGGACAUCAAGAAGGCACGGGAGGCCAAGCAGGCCUUGGUCAAACCCGUCCGACAAAAGCUCAGCGACCGGGCCAGGGAGAGGAAGGUUCCUGCCACUAGGAUAAGCAGGCUGGCUAACUUUGGCGGGCUUGCAGUCGGGCUGGGGAUCGGUGCCAUUGCAGAGGUGGCAAAGCAGUCCUUUGGCAGCAAACGAUCAGGAGACGCCGGGGCGGUGAUGGACUCUCCGCUCCUGUCCGAGGCCAACGCAGAGAGGAUAGUGAACACGCUAUGCAAGGUCCGCGGUGCCGCACUCAAGAUCGGCCAGAUGCUCAGCAUCCAAGACAACUCCUUCAUCAACCCCCAGCUGCAGAAGAUCUUUGAGAGGGUCCGGCAGAGCGCCGACUUCAUGCCCCCCUGGCAGAUGAACAAAGUUCUGGCGGAGGAGCUGGGCUCAGGCUGGAGAGAUCAGCUGUUAUCUUUUGAUGACAAACCAUUUGCCGCAGCGUCCAUCGGCCAGGUGCAUCUCGGGGUUUUGAAAGACGGCCGAGAGAUUGCCAUGAAAAUCCAGUACCCAGGAGUAGCAGAGAGCAUCCACAGUGACAUAAACCUGAUGUCUGUACUGAAGAUGAGCGUCAUCCUGCCAGAUGGCCUGUUUGCAGACAGCAGCCUGGAGGUCCUCCAGAGGGAGCUCGCAUGGGAGUGUGACUACAAGAGAGAGGCGGAGUGCGCCAAGAAAUUUAGGACCCUGCUGGAGGGCCAUGAGUUCUUCCAGGUCCCUGAGGUGGUCGAGGAGCUGUCUGGGCGCAAGGUGCUUGCCAUGGAACUGAUCCACGGAGUCCCCCUGGACCGCUGUGUCGACCUGGAUCAGGAGACCAGGAAUAAGAUCUGCUUCAGCAUCCUGCAGCUCUGCCUCCGGGAGGUCUUUGAGUUCAGGUUCAUGCAGACGGAUCCCAACUGGGCCAACUUCUUCUACAACGCCGAGACCAACAAGGUCAUCCUGUUGGACUUCGGUGCAUGCAGAGGCUACGACGAGGCCUUCACAGAUGACUACAUACAGGUGGUGCACGCGGCCUCAGUGGGCGAUCGAGCAACGGUUCUCUCCAAAUCCAAGGACCUGAAGUUCCUCACCGGCUUCGAGACCAAGGCCUUCCAGGAGGCCCACGUGGAGGCGGUGAUGAUCCUGGGCGAGGCCUUCUCCUCCGCGGAGCCCUUUGACUUCAGCAGCCAGAGCACCACCAAGCGCAUCCACGGCCUGGUGCCCGUCAUGCUGCGCCACCGCCUCACGCCCCCGCCCGAGGAGAGCUACUCCCUCCACCGCAAGAUGGCUGGCUCCUUCCUCAUCUGCUCAAAGCUUGGCGCCAGCAUCGCCUGCCGGGACAUGUUCCUGGAGAUCCACCGGGCGUACCAGGAGCGGAGCAAGGGGCAGGCAGAGGCGGCCGCCGCCAUCGACGGCGCCGCCGCCGCCAUCGAAGGGGCUGCUUAGAUAAACAACGCGGCGUGUUGUGGGAUGGACCCGAGAUGUACUCCCUGAGCUCUGUGGACGUGUGCUCCCGGGGGCCAGGGGGUGUUUAUGUCCUGCUGUCGCGAGAGGAGAGGAGUCCUGAACUACUGUGCGUGUGUGUGUGUGUGGGCGGCAGGUCAACACCUGGAGCUGCUGUGGGUUUGACUUGAACCGGUUGUCUGGACUCUGGCGGUUCUCCUCAACUGAUGCACUCCAGUGACUUCUCUGACACUGAACUGGUAUCAUGAAAUAGGAAGCUACUAAUUAUUUAGUUGAUGAUUAAUAUACUUGUAUUUGUAUAAUAAUUAUCUGCAGUAAUGUAUAAAUAAAGUUUUCUUUUUUAGUU